CACAGACCGGAAGAGGAAAACACAUGGAUUAGUGUGUUCACAACUCCCGUCGUCCCGGGCGCAACCCGCCAUCAACCCGCCCGCCGAGACGGACCGACGCGGUGCGCGCGUGCAGGCUGAGAGGCCGCCCUCGCACGCAACGUGGGCGCUUUGAAUCGCAGGCUUCAGGCUUCCCGUCGCAUCGCCGACGAGUCGUCACCGCGGGGCCCGCAGCCGUGUGACCACUGUCGCGUUGCGUCGCGGCGCAGGGGCCUAGGGGCCAGCCCGCCAUUUGUGCGAGUGGGACGGGGGGGGGGGAGACAGAUGGCGCGUCAGAGCCGGGCCGCAGCGCGACGCUGCUGACGCCGACUGCCGACCGAUGAGUGGCAGUCGGUGAAAUAAAAUAAAACGGCCGCUCCCGACUGCAGCGCGGUACACUUACCAAACCCGACUGUGCCUCAGUGACUGGGGAGGGGGAGGGGGGCUCAUCACGUCGACGCGCGCGCAACAAUCGACUUAAUCUCCUCCGACGCGCCAGCCGAGCUCGAUUGGGGACAAUGGUCGACAACCGCUACGCCACGGCGCUGGUCAUCGCCUGCGUGCUGAGCACGCUGGCCACCGUGUAUCUGUCGGUCGCCGUCGGCACGCAGCACUGGUACGAGUACAGCAGCCCCGCCGUGCGCGGCGAGGCCAACGUGUCGGAGGUGCGCGCCCUGUACGAGGAGUUCGUGGACGGCGAGUUCGACGAGAAGACCUACAGCGACACCCUGUUCCGCCUCAACGGCACCGUGGGCCUCUGGUGGCGCUGCGUGCGCGUGCCGCGCCACGCGCACUGGAGCAGGGAGCCAGAUGCCAAAACGUUGCUGGAGUGUCGAAGCUUCUCUCUACCCCAGCAGUUCACUCCCAAGUACAAAGAACCAGGGAACCACAACAGCGGAGAGGACAUGGUGCGCACCUACCUGUGGAGGUGUCAGUUUGUGCUGCCACUUGUGUCCCUGGGCCUUGUGGUUUUGGCGGGCCUGACUGGAUUCGUUGCCUGCCUCUGUCAAAGCCUCACCCCUACCCUUGGCAUAGGAGUACUUCACCUGCUGGCUGGCCUCUGCACCUUAGCCACAGUGUGCUGCUACCUGGCAGGGAUGGACCUGCUGCACAGGGUGUCCAUGCUCCCUGAUAAGGUGGAUGGCUCUCUGGGCUGGUCCCUCUACCUGGCCCUCAUUUCCUCGCCGCUCCACAUGAUGGCCGCCGCGCUGCUGGUGUGGGCAGCGCGCAGCCACAGUCAGAAUUACUACCGCAUGACUGCAUACCGCGUGGCAUAGACUCAGAUCUCUGCUCCCCGUCGGAAGUCCUGCCCUCCUCGGACGGCAAGAUGCAUUUUCUGUUCUCAGAGGAACGGGAUGUGGGUUAAUCUGUGUGCACCUCUGAUGGAAUAAAGUGCAUGUGCGCUAUAGUGAUGACCCUAUCUGCUGCAUUAAAAGACCAUAUUUGUAUCUCUCAGAUUUGAAAAAAGUUCAACCAGAAAGAUGUGUAUAGUACAGCAUAGGCUUGGUUAAGAGUGACUAGAGAGAGAGUAAAUAAACACACAUUCAUUUGAAUUAAAUUUACACUGCAUUGACAUGAGAAAAUGGCUGAAUUAGAAGAUAAUUGCAGUUUUUGUUCAUAGUUGAUAGGCCAUCAUUUACUGCCAAGAUCCAGUAGUCACCCGGUUAAGUGCAGUCUUUUAAGGAAUGCAGGUACAUCACAUUAAAAAACAAGCUUGAAAGGGCAAUGAAGAGGCAGUCAACACGUGUUUGGUCCCCUGUACAAUUUUAUCUUAGUAGAAAGCACCAAAUUCUGGCAACAUAAGUUUUCCUCACGAGCGUAAUGGGGGUAUACCUGAAGACAUUAGUAUUUUUUACAGCUCUUUAAUGGGCAGGUCUGUCUCAAGUUGAUGUCCAAUUGCAUGCAUCUUGUAUGAUUUCCUCCCACUAAAAAAAACAGUAUACCAUAUAUUAUAAACAUUUAUAUAGAUAUAUAUUAGUAUGUGGUAUCAAAAUGGGAUAUAACUAUGGGUCAUUGACCUCUUGGGGUAGAAAUGUUCAGGCCUGCUGACACUUGUUCACCCAGAAUAAAAGUUGGGUGCGGUGAA